ACCCUUUGCCGAUUAAUACCCUCGACCGCUCUCACUCCACGUCUCACUCUCACAUAUAAACUUCUCUCUCUCUCCUCUCUUCAUAUACCCCAAGCCCACGCGUGCUACUUGAUCAUCACAAGUUACUCUGCUAGACGUUAACUCGACUCGACUCUCUCGCACCAAACCCGCCAGUCGAUUUCAUGACCACGGACAUCCAGAAUCUCAAGUCCUUCGAUCCGUUCGCGGAGGCCGAUGAUGCUGGAGGAGAAGUAAAAUCCACGCAGCAGAACUACAUCCACAUCCGUAUUCAACAGCGCAAUGGUCGCAAAACCCUAACAACGGUCCAAGGCCUGCCCAAGAAGUUUGACCAGAAGAAGAUUCUCAAAGUCAUCAAGAAGAAGUUUGCGUGCAAUGGCACCGUCGUCGCCGACAAUGAAAUGGGCGAGGUGAUUCAGCUGCAGGGCGAUCAGCGCAAGGAUGUUCAGGACUUCUUGACCGACAAGAAGGAGGGCCUGGGGCUUGAUGGGAAGACCAUCAAGGUCCAUGGUUUCUAAGAUGUGACGUGGUUUGCUGCCUAUGCGCGUGCUGCUGCUAGUCGCUUUCUUCCGCCAAAGAAAAGAUUCCCGCUUCGAGGUUCUUUGAGACGAGCUUGACGGCGGAGGGACGAGGAGCUUUGCCGGCAACAUCGUUGGGCGUGUUUGCUCACGUCGUCGAUGGUGCUUGGAUGCGGCGCGGCUGGGCGAGUAUUACCCCAUGAAGGAGGUUCUUUACGACUUUCCUAUCUCCAUCUCUUUAGGGGAGCCAGAGGACGGAUGGUGGAGGUUUCGCACACUGAAGUAGUAGGUGCUAAAAGGAUCACCGAGGAGGAUCGUUGGUGGAAGUGAGAGAGGUAGCUUUCACAACUUAUCAAUCAUAAAAUGCUUUUGCAGCCAA